CUGUGCGAUGGUCGCAAUCUUACUUCUGAGAGAGAGAGGUACUCCCUUCUGAGUCCCGUGCGCACGACGCAAAGCCACUAUUAUCGACGGCUGCUUCCUACCGUUUCAGAGAAGGCGACAAUUUGAUCCAUGCUCCGAGUGGCCACGCGGACGUCGCCGGCUCCGGCCACGCUGCUUGCGCGAUUGAACCUUCCGUGGCGGGGAAGGGUGGAUGCCCUGCUGGACACGCUGCACAAGGUGCAGCCCGGCCUUGACAGGCUGCGUCGCAGCUUUGACGACCACAUAGUCGGCCACUCGGACAUCAAGGAGGCGUUCCUCCUCGCGCUGCUCGCCCGCGAACACCUCUACAUCGAGGGUCCUCCCGGCGUGGCCAAGACGAUGCUUUCCGAGAUUGUGUCCAAGGCGACAGACUUGCGCCCCUUCAUCUACCAGUGCCACCGAGACACGCGGCUCAACGAGCUCGUGGGCGAGAGCGUCAUCGUGCGCUCCACCGACGCCGGCGGGCGCGAGACGAUCCGGCAGGACGUCGUCCCGGGCGGGGUGCUCGCCUGCGAGCUGGCGGUCCUCGACGACAUCUCCCGCGCGCCGGGCGAGGCGCUCAACGUGCUGCUCCGCGUGCUCAACGAGCGCCGCUGGGGCGGCGGCCCCAAGCUCCCGCUCCAGACCGCCAUCGCGACGGGCAACCCGGUGGCGGACGACGGCUUCUACGGCGACCCGCUCGACCCGGCGACGCUGGACCGCUUCACGCUCCAGCUGCGUGCGCAAGGGCUCGUGCAGAGCGCUGACUGGGCAGGGUGCGCCGAGGUGAUUGACCUCUACUCCGGGCCGCGCGAUGUCGACCACGAGCCGCAUGUCGCCCGGUGCGGGCCAUCGCUGCUGCGGGACGCGUCUGCGCUCGUCCCGAUGGUCGUCUUCCCUCCGGCGUGCAAGCGAGUGCUGCUGCGGCUGCUCGUGCUGCUCGCGGUGGGCGUGAUGAAGGCGCGCGCGGUGCUGCGGGGCAGGCACGUCUGCGACCCGUCCGACCUGCGCGUGGUGCGGUACCUCACCGCCUUCCGCGUGCCGGAGCCGCUCCACCUGAAGAUCGACGAGAGCGAGCCGGCGGAGGCGGCCCUCUGGUGCGAGGCGCCGAGCCCGAGGCUGCCGCGGAGGACGCGGCGGCACUCUCCGGGGGCGGCCGGCCGCGUCGCGAUCGUGCGCGACACCUCCAGCUCGAUGGAGGGGUUGUGGCACCGCUGGGCCGGCCUCGUCUGCACGAGCGUCGUCGACCUCGCCAAGCAGCACCGCAUGCCGGUGGGCUACUGCGAGUUCUCCUCCUCGGCGCGCAAGUUCCUCCCCGCCGACAGCCGCGCCCACCAGCGGCGGCGCUUCUUCUCGCGCGAGUAUGCCGCGCUGGCCGCCCACUCGGGCGAGGCGCAGAGCGGGGGCACGACCAACUUUGAGGCGCCGCUGCGCACCAUCCUCGAGGAGGAGAUCGAGGAGGCGCGCGGCCUCGGCGUCGCCGUGCACACAAUCUUCAUCGGCAACAGCCGCUGCCCGCCGGUGCUCGACCGGCUGAGCGAGGAGACGGGCGGCACGUCUUGGGCGGCCUACUUCGACGUGCAGUCCCGCUCCAUCCGGCUAGUGGACCGGCAGGCGGGCGAGGCGGCGGGCCUGGAGGCCUCGUCCCCGCGGCCGGAGCAGCAGAAGCUGGACCGGCUGGCGCGAGUGCCGGCGCUCUUCAACAAGUACGUCGAAGAGAAGUACGGGGACGCGCUCUGAUUCAGACUGAAACAGCGACAGCGACGAGUCGGCUGCCCGGAUUUUUUGUUUGGGCACACAUUGAUCCAUGUUUGCGAACUGCCUGGGUUUAUUUUAUUGCGUGCUGUGUACCAUUGUGUGUGUGUGUGUGUGUGCGGUGUGGCCAUAGUGGCGGCCGCGGGAGAUGCGCGAUAGUCGUGGUGAUUUUUUGGGUUCUCUGUUCUCAGCUCACAGCUGAACUCUAGAGUUUGUGAG